CUACGCCCUCGCUUCCUGUCCUCGCCUCCUACUCUAUACCCGGGAAAUCCUGUAACGCCGCCGGCAUGUCUCAGGGUAAACCCUUGUCCGGGCGGAGCAAUGUGGAACAACCUCUGGCUCCUCCCGCCUGCCUCCCCCAGUCUGGGCACUGGGACAGAGGUCAACGCUGAACUCCCGGGCCUUAGGGGAAAGGGACAAACGGCAGGCUCCUGUAGCCAACACCCCAGUUCGUGCCCUGACCCCUUAUCAGCUGUUUCAGACAUGCUGUGCACCCCCAGCCCGUAGGCUGAGUUUGAGAAAGCUGCUGAGGAGGUUAAGCACCUCAAGACCCAGCCAACAGACCAAGAGAUGUUAUUCAUUUACAGCCACUACAAACAAGCCACCGUGGGCGACAUAAAUACAGAGCGGCCUGGGAUGUUAGACUUCAAAGGCAAAGCCAAGUGGGAUGCCUGGAACCAGCUGAAAGGGACUGCCAAGGAAAGCGCCAUGAAAGCUUAUGUGGACAAAGUAGAAGAGCUAAAGAACAAAUACGGAAUGUAACAGACUGGAUUUGGUCACCAGCCACACGUUUAACCUAAAACGAUAUAAUGCCUUGUUUUUUCUAAUACUGUGGAUGAUAUGAAAAUAGUUGGUUACUGUAGUUCCUCGGGGUUUUCCAGGAUGUGGCUCUAACAGAUUAGGGGCAGAAAUGUUCACUGACCUGUCCUUUCCCCCAGUAGUUUUUAUCUGAAAUCAAUUCAAAUAUAUUUGUUACUUAAA